AUGCCUUUCUGUUUGACAGGUACGCCGAUUGAUGUGAACAUAUAUGACAUACAACGUAUUUCGAUUAACGCCGAACAUAGUCAACCUGUCGUUGUGAGAACAACCGUUGCUUAUAAAGUUAAUACAAGUCAAGCUGGUCAAGGUCAAUUAAAAGUCGAACUGAUUCAACCACAAAGUUCAAAAAAUCCAUGUCGAUGUCAUAUACAAGAAUUAAAACUUCAUGAAUAUUUUAUUCAAUAUGUUCCAAUUGAACCUGGUCGUUAUCAACUUCGUGUAUUAUUUAAUAAUCAACUUGUACAAGGAAAAACUCUUGAUACUGAUGUUUAUCUUUCAUUACCACAAACAUCAAAAACAAAUACAUCAUCAUCAAUUGCUCAUAUUCAACAAAUUAUUCCUAAUAAUAUUCCAGAAAUUGGUGAUCAUAUUUGUUUACAAAUCAAUACCGAAAAUCCUUCAAUAUCAUCGAUUCAAAGUCAAAUACUAUACAAUGGAAUGUCUGUUCCACAUAAAAUUGAACGAACAAAAGAUUUACAUAUUUGGCAUUUGAAAUUUCGACCUUAUGUACCUGGUACCUAUAGAAUACAAUUGGCUCAUAAUGGAUUAUCUUUAAUAAGCUCUCCAUAUAUAAUUCAAGUAAAAGAUACUAGUGGAAGAGUAAUUCUUUCCGGUCUUGAACAAACAUUGUUAACAAAUUCUCCGUGUGUAAUACAAGUUCAUGCUGAAUCAGCAUCGAAUGCACAAAUAAGAGUAAUUGUUCUUCUUGGUAAUCGUCAAAUUCCAUCAACAACAACUAUUAUUAAUGAUAAUCUUGUUCGAAUUCAUUUUAUUCCACAAGAACCUGGAAUUCAUACUGUUCAUGUGUCAUGUGCUAAUCAACCUAUUGAAGGAUCACCAUUUUCAAUACGUGUUGAACGACCACGAGCCAUUCAAAUAUCUGGUGAAUGUUUUCAUCGUUUACGUUUGAAUGAUCUUGGAUUAUUUCGUAUUCAUUGUCAUGGACAACGAGGACCAAUUCAAACAAAAAUUUUUAAUCUUUCUGCUGGUGAUCGUUAUGAUAUUGGACAAACAAUAUCAUUUCAAUUACAUGAUACAUAUGAACAAUUAAUACAAUUUUCAGCACAAAUUUUAUUAACAUCAUUUAAUAUUUUACUUGCAACAAGAUUAAAAGUAAUACAAGAACGAAUACGUAAUGUUACACUUAGCAAAGAAAAUGGACGUACAACCGUAUCAUUUCAAUUAUAUGAAACUCCAACACAAACAACAACAAAUGAACAAAUUAUACAAAAUUUAAGACAUUUAAUUAAUAAUCAAAUCUUAAAUUUACACGAUCCAAAUCGUUGUAUAUUGAAUACAAUUAUCGGAUCAGUUGUUGUCGGUCCAAAAGGUGAACCAGUAAAUGUAAAAUUAUUUCCACAAGCAAGUGGAGAUUAUACUGGUGAAUUUACACCAACAAAAAUUGGUCAACAUCGCAUUGAUAUAACCUUUGCUAAUAUACCUGUACAAGGUAGUCCAUUUUUUACAGAAGUUUAUGAUCCAUCACAAGUACGUAUUGGUCCGUUACCACGAGAUAUUAUUGUUAAUACAGAAAAUACAUUUGAAAUUAAUUUGGAUAAUGCUGGUAACGUACCAUUAGAAAUUAAAAUUUCAUCACCAACAGGUGUUAAUGGUAAGAUAAAGAAAUAA